AUAAUCGAUAAACUUUACACUCUGCGAGUAUUAAUCUUGCAAAUCUCGAAGAUGAAGGUGCUAGCUUUCCUGCUCGCUGCACUGGCUGCUGCUUCGGCCAACGACGCAAUUCUAGCUGAACUUGGAUUGAUUCCUUUCAAUGGAGGACAGUACCUGCUUAGUAGUUUCAAUGCAUCUUGGGUAGAUGCCAGCAAUUUCUGCAAGAGCAUCGGUUUCGCCCUCGUGGACAUUGACUCUGAAGAAGACCACAUAACUGUGACUGACGUCUUUGGUGCGGCGAUUCCUGACAGGGUGUGGAUCGGCGGGACUGACCUGGGCCGCGAGGGCAGCUUCUACUGGGGCCAGUCGCUGCGGGACUUCAGCCCCAACGAAACUUACUGGCACGAGGGCGAGCCCAGCGGCACCAGUCUUCACGGUAUCAAAGAGGACUGCGUGCAGUACAGGCGGCUUGUCAACGGCACCGAAGUCCUGUGGAACGACGCCCCUUGCGAGCUCAAAUACCAGUUCAUCUGCGAGGUUGUGCCUGCCCCUUGCGUGUAAUAUUAAAUUAAUUUGUA